AUGUUCUCCAUCAAGACCUCGAAGGGCAGCGUAUCCUUCAACCGAUUCGUCGGCCCCUUUAUCAACAACAAAUUUCAUCCCACACUCGCCUCCACUCCCGUCAAGCGUCAAAUCCUCAACCCCUGCACUGAAGACCUCAUCGAAACCGUACAAGAAGCCAGCGCCGAAGACGUCGACCUCGCCGUCCAAUCCGCCCAGGCCGCACUCAAGGGACCCUGGAAACACUUCUCCGGCAAGAAGCGUCGCAAUGCUCUCCUUGACAUCGCCCAUGCGCUCGAGAAGAACCUCUGGAAGAUGACAGUCCUCGAGGCCGCCUGCGGUAAACCCCUCGAAGAGGCCAAGUUCGAUAUCGAGGAAUCCAUCGAAUGCUUCCGCUACUUUGCCGGACACGCCGACAAGAUCUCUGGCUCGAAUUUCGCAACCGAAGGAGGACACAAAUCCUACACGGUCCGUAAACCCGUGGGAAUCUGCGGGUUGAUCACCUCGUUCAACUAUCCGCUCAACCUGGCUGCUUGGAAGAUCGCACCCGCGCUCGCCUGUGGUAACGCCGUGAUUCUCAAGCCCGCGCCACAGACACCGCUGUCGUCGUUGAUGCUCGGAGAAUUGAUUGCGGAGCAUACAGAGCUGCCUGCAGGAGUGUUCAGUGUCUUGCCUGGAGGGGAGGACGUUGGGUCGGCGAUCGUCAGUCAUAAGGGGAUUCACAAGGUUAGUUUCACAGGAUCGGGUAACGUCGGACGCAAGGUCAUGGGCGGCGCUGCGAACAGCAAUCUCAAGUCUGUGAUUUUGGAGCUGGGAGGCAAGAGCCCGCUGAUCGUCUUUAAGGACGCGGAUUUGGAUCAGGCUGUCGAAGACGUCUUUGGAGCGAUUUUUUCGAACAUGGGGCAGAAUUGCUGUGCUGGAUCAAGAUUGUUCCUCGAGAGCGGGAUCGAAGACGAGUUCUUGAGCAAGCUCAAGGAUCGGGUGAAGCAGGUCAAGAUCGGGGAUACGCUGGAUGAGGCUUAUGACUUUGGCACAAUGGUCGAUCGUGUGCAGUUCGAGAGAGUGAUGGGCUUUAUUGAAAACGCCAAGAAGGAGGGCAAGUCAAAGUUACUGGUCGGAGGAAAUCGCCAUGGCGAGAAGGGAUACUUUAUCGAGCCGACCGUCUUUACUGACGUGGAUGAGACAUCGACUCUUGCGAAAGACGAGAUCUUUGGCCCGGUAUUGUCAGUCAUGAAGCCCUUCAAGACCAUCGAGGAGGCGUUGGAACGCGCGAAUGCUACGCCGUACGGAUUGGCUUCAGGUGUAUGGACCAAGGAUCUGAGCAAGUCGGAGCAGUGCAUCCAAGAACUCGAGACGGGUGUCACCUGGGUGAAUUGCUAUAACAUGUGCUCGGUCCACUUGCCCUUCGGCGGUGUAAAGCAAAGUGGGUUCGGUAAGGACCUAGGGGCCGAGGCCAUGGGCGAGUACCUAACCGUAAAGGCUGUGACGAUCCGUGUGUAA